CGCCUCGGCUGGAUUUCACGUUCAAGCCGGUGGUUAUGGCGGGAGAGAAGCAUGGAGGAGGCUGGGGGGCGCUGCGGGGGAUAAUGGCGGCACUUCUCCUGUCACUUUCCCCCGUUUUGUGUUUUACUGCUGCAGGAAACCAAGUAGAUGUUGUGAAACUUGUGGAAGGCAAAUUUGACAUUUAUAAGGAAUCGCAUAAUUUUUGCUACCAGAAACCUUACGAACCAAAAUGGCAUGACAUCUGGACUAAAGUGCAGAUACGGGUGAACAGUACCAAAAUGAUACGGGUGACACAAGUUGAUAGUGAGGAGCAGCUUUUGGAAAUGGAAACCUACAGUGUGUUCAGCCUGUUCUCUUUUUUGAAGGAAAAAUUAAAUGACACCUACAUUAAUGUGGAUCUCCACAGCAACAAAACCUGCAUUAAAGUGCAUGUAAAUGAGGGUAACACUCGUUAUAGUGUAAUGCUUUUGAGAGGGUUUGACCCCAAGCUUUUCCUGGUUUUCCUUUUUGGUCUUCUAUUAUUUUUCUAUGGAGAUACACUUAGUAGAAGUCAGAUCUUUUACUACAGUACAGGAGUAAGCGUGGGUAUGGUUGCCUCAAUGCUCAUUCUUGUGUUUAUGCUAUCCAAGUUGCUGCCUAAGAAAAGUCCAUUCUACAUGUUACUGGUUGGCGGUUGGUCAUUUUCUCUUUACGUUAUCCAGUUGGUGGUUAAAAAUUUUCAGGGAAUCUGCACAGAAUAUUGGCAGUAUCUAUUGGGCUAUCUCUGCAUUGUGGGAUUUGUCAGCUUUGCUGUCUGUUACAGAUAUGGGCCACUAGAAAAUGAGCGGAGUAUCAAUCUGCUCAAUUGGACGCUGCAACUAGUUGGUCUGCUGUUAAUGUAUGUUGGUGUCCAAGUGCGCCAUGUAGCACUGUCUAUGAUGGCAAUUGCAUUUUGCACGAAACAGAUCGAGUAUCCUAUACACUGGGCAUACAAUCUUUACAGAAAGGUGUCUAAAUCAAGAGUAAAACCCAGCCCACCACGCUUUCUGACAGAGGAAGAAUACCGGAAGCAAGGGGAGCUAGAGACAAGGAAAGGGUUAGAAGAGUUGCGGGAAUACUGCAAUAGUCCAGAUUCUCAAGCAUGGAGGAUUGUGUCACGCAUCCAGUCACCAAAGAGAUUCGCUGACUUUGUAGAGGGGUCAUCUCAUCUGUCACCAAAUGAAGCCUCAAUACAUGAACAUGAAUAUGGACUUGGUGGCUCUUUCUUGGAAGGAGAGUUAUUUGGGGAGGAAAGUGACAUGGAUACUGAAGAUAAUGAUGAUGAAGUAUUGGGACCUGAAGGUCAUCCGCACUUAUUUAGGUCACCCCAUAGUUGA